AUGUACUUGGUCACAGUGGUUGGAAACCUGCUCAUAAUGUUGGCCAUUGGCUCUGACUCUCACCUCCACACUCCCAUGUACUUCUUCCUUUCCAAUUUAUCCUUUGUAGAUCUCUGUGUGGUAUCUACCACAGUCCCCAAUAUGUUGGUGAGCAUCUUGACAGAAAACAAGGCCAUCCCCUUUGCUGACUGUCUUGCUCAGAUGUACUUCUUUAUGGGUUUUGUUACUUUGGAUAAUUUCCUCCUCACUGCAAUGGCUUAUGACCGUUUUGUGGCUAUCUGUCAUCCUCUACGCUAUACAGCCAUAAUGAACCCUAAGCUGUGUGGCCUGUUGGUGCUGGUCUCCUGGAUAACUGUUGUUUCCUUAUUCUAUGGUGCAGGACUUGGAGUGUAUUUGAGCUCCUCAACUACCCACUCUUCAUGGAAGAGCACAGUUGCCUCAGUAAUGUAUACUGUAGUCACCCCCAUGUUGAAUCCAUUCAUUUAUACCCUAAGGAAUAAAGACAUAAAAAAUGCCCUUAAGAGGCUCAUUAGCAAAAUAGCCUCUUCUCAGUGA